GACGUCACAUCCUCAUCUUGUUUAGGUCGCAAACAAGCUCUGCAAUCAAACGUUCUCCUGUCACCAACAUUGCUGUUUCUAUUGCGAUACGUUUCCAAUAUUUUUUUCUCUGUAAAAGAAGACCAAUACUUCAUAGUUUGUUGUCAUUGUAGAGUUGUGUGUGAGGAAAGAUGGCUUUUUUUCCUUUUAUCGCUAUGUCAACUGAAUUUGACCGGGCGCCGAGCUUGCUGAGUGCUGAUCUCGAGCCAACUAUUCUUUCUGACGAUGUAUUUGUCCCACGAUUGGCUGCUAUGCCCUUACGAUCGGGAUAUCUGCGUUCAUGGCGUCAUCAGCCGGCUCGUCGAAGCGGAAGAUCGCACAUUAGAAACAAGAAAGAAGGAUUUGAGGUAAAUCUUGAUGUCCAGCAAUUCAAGCCUGAUGAAGUAUCAGUAAAAAUGCAAGAUGAUUUUAUUGUAGUAGAGGGAAAACAUGAGGAACGUGAAGAUGAACAUGGCUACAUAUCCAGACAUUUCGUCCGUCGUUACAAGUUGCCUAAUAAUAUUGAUAUAGAUGCUGUAACAUCAAAGUUAUCAUCAGAUGGAGUUCUGACAAUUGCAGCUCCCAAAAAGGUACCCUCAAAAGAUCCCAAAGAACGUGUAGUCCCUAUUGUCCAGACAAAUAAACCAGCUGUCACUGAUGCAGCAGAGGAGAAUCCAGAUGGUAAACAGGAAAAAGCAGAGACAAAAUAAAUUUUACAAAAAUAUUACUCACAUGUGAAAUAUUUAAUUAUACAUAGUACAAAAUCAGUUUCAUUUUGUGAAAAGAAGCUGUAAUGUAUGUUCCUUUAAUUACUUUUUAUGUAAUUCAUCCACUGCAGUUGUAAGACUGGAUUUACAUUUUUUAAAUUAUAUAUUUGUAAGCAUUACUUUUUU